AUGUGUGAGGAGGCUUGUUUCCCAGCGUCUCCCAGUGUCCCCCAGCGUACCCCAGCGUACCCCAGUGUACCCCAGCGUACCCCAGCAUACCCCAGUGUCUCCCAGCAUACCCCAGUGUCUCCCAGUGUACCCCAGUGUUUCCCAGUGUCCCCCAGUGUACCCCAGUGUCUCCCAGUGUACCCCAAUGUCUCCCAGUGUCUCCCAGUGUACCCCAGUGUCUCCCAGUAUACCUCAGUGUCUCCCAGUGUCCCCCAGCGUACCCCAGUGUCUCCCAGUGUCCCCCAGUGUACCCCAGUGUCUCCCAGUGCCCCCCAGUGUCUCCCAGUGUUCCCCAGUGCCCCCCAGUGUCUCCCAGUGUACCCCAGCAUACCCCAGUGUCUCCCAGCGUACCCCAGCAUACCCCAGUGUAUCCCAGUGUCCCCCAGUGUCUCCCAGUGUACCCCAGUGUCUCCCAGUGUACCCCAGUGUCUCCCAGUGUACCCCAGUGUCUCCCAGCGUACCCCAGUGUCCCCCAGUGUCUCCCAGUAUACCCCAGUGUCUCCCAGCGUACCCCAGUGUCUCCCAGUGUCUCCCAGUGUCUCCCAGCGUACCCCAGUGUCUCCCAGUGUCUCCCAGCGUAUCCCAGUGUCUCCCAGCGUACCCCAGUGUCUCCCAGCAUACCCCAGUGUCUCCCACUUGUCCCCUAGUGUCUCCCAGUUUACCCCAGUGUCUCCCAGUGCCCCCCAGUGUCUCCCAGUGUUCCCCAGUGUACCCCAGUGUCUCCCAGUGUCCCCCAGUGCCCCCCAGUGUCUCCCAGUGUCCCCCAGUGUCCCCCAGUGUACCCCAGUGUCCCCCAGCGUCUCCCAGUUUACCCCAGUGUCUCCCAGUGUCUCCCAGUGUACCCCAGUGUCUCCCAGUGUUUCCCAGUGUCUCCCAGUGUCUCCCAGUGUACCCCAGUGUCUCCCAGUGUUUCCCAGCGUCUCCCAGCGUACCCCAGCAUACCCCAGUGUACCCCAGUGUACCCCAGCGUACACCAGUGUACCCCAGUGUCCCCCAAUUCCCCCCAGUGUCUCCCAGUGUCCCCCAGUGUCCCGCAGUGUCUCCCAGUGUCUCCCAGUGUCCCCCAGCAUACCCCAGUCUCUCCCAGCGUACCCCAGUGUCUCCCAGUGUACCCCAGCAUACCCCAGUGUCUCCCAGCGUACCACAGUGUCUCCCAGUGUACCCCAGUGUCUCCCAGUGUCUCCCAGGGUACCACAGUGUCUCCCAGUGUACCCCAGUGUCUCCCAGUGUCCCCCAGUGUACCCCAGUGUCUCCCAGUGUACCCCAAUGUCUCCCAGUGUCUCCCAGUGUACCCCAGUGUCUCCCAGUGUCCCCCAGCGUACCCCAGUGUCUCCCAGUGUCCCCCAGUGUACCCCAGUGUCUCCCAGUGUACCCAAAUGUCUCCCAGUGCCCCCCAGUGUCUCCCAGUGUUCCCCAGUGCCCCCCAGUGUCUCCCAGUGUAUCCCAGUGUCUCCCAGCAUACCCCAGUGUCUCCCAGCAUACCCCAGCGUACCCCAGUGUCUCCCAGCAUACCCCAGCAUACCCCAGUGUAUCCCAGUGUCCCCCAGUGUCUCCCAGUGUAUCCCAGUGUCUCCCAGUGUACCCCAGCGUCUCCCAGCGUACCCCAGUGUCCCCCAGUGUCUCCCAGCAUACCCCAGUGUCUCCCAGUGUCUCCCAGUGUCUCCCAGCGUACCCCAGUGUCUCCCAGUGUCUCCCAGUGUCUCCCAGCAUACCCCAGUGUCUCCCAGUGUCUCCCAGUGUACCCCAGUGUCUCCCAGUGUACCCCAGUGUCUCCCAGCAUACCCCAGUGUCUCCCAGUGUACCCCAGUGUCCUACAUCCAUAGGGGUUGA